CAUCUGAAGUAAAGAAAAAGAUUCUACGUAAAUUGAAAUCUGGGUGGAAUUAAAAAUUAAAGAACAAUAAUUAUAUCAUUUUUCAUGCACUACCGACGUUUCUAUACAAUUUUGUCUACGAGCUGCAUAUGUCUAUCGUUGACUCCUGUCAACGUUUGUAUGCUGGGUGCAGCUGGGUGCUUUUUAUGAAGGGCUAGAGAGACGUGAGCGACCCAGCGUUCUGUGAGAGGGGUUGUCCGCGUCUUGUCUUAAUAUACGUCUAUGGAGAAAUUACUAAAGGUUAUUUAAAAAUGGCGGACACAUCGUCUUCUCACACUACCUCAGAUUAUUGCAACGAAUGUUUUUCUGAUAUUUCAUCUGAAAACUCGUGGUUAGAAAGUGCUGUUGUUGGACAAAAGCCUUGCUCGUUACAUCGACGAAGCAAGAAAAAUAUACUACAAAAAUUGUUCAAUCGAGAGAUCAGGGGCUGCUUAUCUCUGCAUAACUAUGCCUCCGAAGAAAAAUUAUUCAUGGCUAUACCUCCAUGGAGACACUUGUCCCUGACACAUGUUUUUCCCAAAUCUGCUCUUGCGGCAGGGCAUAUUGUGAUGGGGCUAACACAAUGUGGACAAUUUAUAUUAACGUAUACUUACAACAUGGAAGAUACAGGAUACAGCGCAUCAUACAAGUAUUUACUUCAUUGGUGGUCAGUUGUACCUAAUCAUAUUGCCCGAAAAGUAGCAGAAGUUACUCUUUUUGGUAAUUACAACAUCUACAGAGACCUCCUCAUCGUCAUAUCUCAGUGGCCGACAGAGAGAAAUAAGCUGGUUAUACAUGGUGUAUGCACUGAUUCAACACGUCUGCAACCAACAGACAGGGCCUAUCUCACCAUAACGACAGUACCCUCCCUCCAUAAUUGUAAGGAUUGUUUAAAAGUAGCUGCAUCGUACGAAGAAGAAGAAGAUUUGGUUGGAAACUGGGAGGGAUGCAGAUGCAGCUGUUUGAAACACGGUCUCACAGUUCACACAACUUAUGAAGUAAUUUCCCCAUAUCCAAGAUUUCGAGCAGCAGUUUGUUUGAAGUAUUGGAACCAUGUUGUAGUGAACACAGGAAAUUUCUUACAUGUACUCAGUGUAGAUCUGUAUACUGCCAAAUCUAAAUUCCAGACAAACAAUGAUAAAAAUAACACAGUGGUUGUGGACACAGUGCCAUUAGAUGUUAGCGAUGUUGAAGAAUUGGACGAGUCAAAAACUGAGUGUUGGGAUAGUUCAGAAGAAAAGAUUGGUACAUUGGAUAAUGUAACAGUUGACCAAUGUUCCAAAUUCGAAUCAACAGUAGAUUAUUCAUCCACAGACAAUAUGAAUAGAUUUGAUGAACAAUAUUGUAGUGAAAUACGGGUCAAUACUUCAAGCAGUAAUCAAAGUGAAUGUAUCUGUGAUAUUAUCAGACCUAGUGUUAAUUUAAACGGAAAAGGAUGCGAGUGCUUGACUAGUAUCGAGUGUAAGUGCGAAAUUAAAAGUUCUACCUCCCAAUCGGAACAUGCAAUUUCGGUUAGAGACAAAAUAUUACAGGAUUUUUGUGACGAUAUGUCUCAAGAAUUGAAUAUUGGAAGUGACUUGAUUAGUUUAGUUAAACAUCCAUCCUGUUCUCCAAGGUCACCACCACAACGCUUACCUGCUGAUCACCGACAUUCAAGUUGGUCUUCUGCUAUGCUCAAUCCACCUUCUGACAUUUUAAAGACGCGUAAUUCGGAAUCUAGUCAUAAAUUGCCUCGCACUCAACGUUCUAGUUCUCCACAACCCAGUGUUUCUCAAGACAGCUCAAGUGUUAGUAUAACUUCCUUGAACUCUCCUCUUCACACGCUCUCUAUUAGUCCAACAUCUUCAUGUUCAUCACGACUCAUGUCACCUCCAACCACACGCUGGUUUCGGCACUUAAGUCCUCGAAAGAGAGCAAAUCUGCAAUCCCCACCACCAAUUUUAUCCCCAGCACCUCCCAGACCCAGGCCAACACAUAAGCUCACAUUAGAAGCAGAAAAAGCUUAUGAGUUCACAGACGAAGCUCAUGAAACAUGUGAGAAGUUGAGUUCGUUCAGAAAACGUAGACUGGCUGACAAAAAGUAUGAAUUCUGUGACGAGGCUGAAGAUGCCGAAAAUAUUGUUCCUUUCAAACAUCUAAGGGAUCAAUCCAAACACCAUGCAUGCUCGGUCCACCAGCUUGUAUCACCGGUGACAUCUCCAGCUCUCCCUAAUACAAGAAGGCGAAGAAUCGAUUCUGACCAUAGCGACGCUAGUGAACUGAAUUUUACACAAGACAUCACAUCUCUAUCAGACUUUCAAAGCACCGACAUCGCUGAAAAAUAUGUCCUACGACCAUUGAAUCAAAAUCAAAUUUCAUACUCUGCUGGGUGUCGAGACAAAUCAAACAAGAUCCAUGCCAAUGUCUCGCCAUUAGUUCCAAAAGUUACAUUUCAGUAUCCUACCAUAAAGUGUACAGCACAUUUUAAACGCAGCUACGUAGAACUUGAUGACGAAAUGGUAUCUGUUAUCACGGAUGUAGAAGAUGAUGAAACCGGGGGAUAUGUAAGUUAUCAAUGUGUACUUCCGAUGAAUGUCCAUGGAUCUGGGUAUACUCAAAUGCAAAUGGUCAAUAAUAGUAAAGCAGAGAAAAUGCCGAUACCUCACGUAUUAGUGAAUCAGUUGAGCUUUGAUAUAGAGACUUUUUCUCAUCAUGUAGCAGACUGGUUGUGUACACGCUUUGGCAAAAGAUACUGGCACUGUAGUGAUUAUGAUAUUGAAAUAAUUGAUGUUUGUGCUUUGAGCGGAGACGUUAUUUGCCUUCUGAUUAUGAAAAUCGAGGCUAGCGAACUCAGUAAUCAGUCACAGUGUUACCAAGAGAGAAAACAAUACGAAAUUGGAUGUAAAUUCACAUGGAAUAUUGACACAAAUCAAUAUCGAAUAACGAAUGUGCUACCAUUAAUAGAAGUGAAGCCGAAGAUCCAUAAAAGUUACAUCUGGAAUCCAACUAAAUUGAUGGCUCCCCAAAUGCGUCAAAAAAUGCAGCAACCCUAUGCUCACACAGUUAGAUUCCUCCAAAACGUUAUGGCGUUUGCAGGUGAAUCGAUUACGAGGCUACAUGACUUUGAUAACCUUAUAGAGUUAUUCAUUACACCUUUACCUGAGUCUCCAACAAUGUAAUCGUAAUCAUCUGUCUUACAGAAUAUAAAUUAUUGAGAAUGUAA